CGGUAAGUUCCCGUGACCCCGUCUGUUAUUACCUUACGAUGUGAUUCUUGUGGCCUUGGCGAUCGGAUCUGCUUUCCAUCAUGAUCUGAGCUUCACUUGAGCCUCCUAGAAGGCUACUGAGAACUUGCUUCUGGUGAUGCUGCGCAACGACUCGGUAUACAGUAGCUGCACACGAUGACAACAGUGCUGUGGCCUGCGAUAGCGCAAGAGGACCUGAUUCAGGAAGAAGAGGUCACAAUCGCGCGCGAGCUCGAAUGGCUGCUCGGGUCCGUGCAAGAGACGUUGAAGGCUUUGAAGGAAGGCCUGGAAGAGUGCGCUGAGCUGCUUGCGCCGAAAGAGCCAGGCUCGACCCUCGUACUGUCUUCGCUCAGGUCGGAGCAUCUGAAGGGCUUCAUCACUCGGGUGGGUACGCGCAUCGUCAAGGGCGAUGUCCAGCUCCGAUUGCCAUCUCUCCCACCGCCCAAAGGCCAGACAAGCUACAAGUUGACCAUCUCUUCUCUGCCGACUGCGCCGACUAUUGUGCUCGACCAACUGACUACAGCGCGAACACUGAUCAACGCAUGCCUGGAUGUGGUGGACGCAACACAGUGGACAGGUGACAGCCGCAAUGCCGACUUCAUAUCAGGGCAGCUACGGCUGCUGCAUGGGAACAUCGAGGAGGCCAAAAACUCCCUCAAAGGGUGGACAGAGAAUCAGAAGCCAUGGAACGAAACACCAGUCGACACCGAUGCAUUCAGUCCGCCUCUGCCAGCGCACGUGUCCUUUCACCUCUCCAUCUCCGAAGCCGCCGUCCUCCUCAAUGUCCGAACCCUCGAGGCCGUAGAUCCACAUAACGGCAUGACUACUCCUUUGGGUUCUGCAGGUUCAACUUUCAGUGGAUUUGGGUUACGCGAAAGACUGGCGACAGCAUUGGGUGGCCCUAGGCAGGCUGCGCACGAUGAAGCGAACGCAUCCUUCAUGUACAAAGGCCAGGAAGUUCGAGUGCGAGACAAAGUCAGAGUUGAGUCGCAAGACCCAAGUCUGAUGGCAGCCAUGGCUAAACUGGGGGCUUUGGAGCGGACUGCAGCACUGUCGAGGCGAGCGUUGGACGUGGUCAUGGGGAGAGAACCGGAAGACUCCUAACAGCACGCAAUGAAUUCUCAUUGUGCAACACAUGCAUUUCCAGGAGAGAACUACCUAUGUAGGUAUCACAGCACCCUCCACGGAGAAUGCUUCCACGGCGGAGGUCUCGAGCGCAAACACACAACGUAUUUGGUGGAUAUCCCGGGUGUCCACAAAGAACCCACGAGCACGCCACGCCACGCUUUUUCUGCAUCUCCGAUCCCGGAUCGCCCCGCCAUCAAAGUUUCGAUAAGACACGAUUAUCAAUGCCUGGCCACUGGCUGGUCGACCUUUUCCUAUCAGUACCAAGACGAAUUGCUUUCCCACGGCGUGUGCCCAGGCAACAUUGUUCGUGGUCCUAGGAGGUAUUAGUGGCGGCGCCAUACGAUUCGACUACUUCUUACAUGCUGCCCUCCCCGACAAAGGCCUGCGACACUAUCCUAUUGUCCUCUCAACGGAUCCGCCAAACAUGUCGCCCGCAUUGCUCACGGCAGUGGAUUCCACUGCACACAUACAUCUCAUCGUCGGCUCGAACCCUCUCGCCGGAGCCCGCAUCAGUCGAGCCAUCGAAGUCGGCGCCAUCCCGAUCUUGAUCGCACCCGAGUCGACGAGUGUUCACUAUGGACUUGCGAAGAGGAUUGAAGAGCAUGCUGUGCGUUGGCAUAAGCGAGAGUUCCAGGACAGCGACCUGACGACUUUGGGUAGAGAUGAAGUCGACCAUGUCGUGGAUGCGGUGUUUGUGACUUCAGGUGGCAAGACAGCCUUCGGUACCAGGAUAUCCACACUCUGUCGCAGGCUGCGAAUACCGGUCAAUGUAGCAGAUGCGCCCAAUCUGUGCACAUUUACGUUGCUGGCAACACACACCUCUGGCCCUCUACAGAUCGGAGUGAGCACAUCUCGCAAGGGUUGCAAAUUGGCAUCGAGGAUCCGAAGAGAGAUUGCCGCCGCUCUGCCUCACGAGCUCGGUCCUGCUAUCGACCGACUGGGUACGUUGCGGAGAAGGAUAUGGGAACAAGAUCAUGCAAACGAGGGCGAGGGUGAGCUCGAAGCUGAAGACGAAGAGACGGGACAAAGCGCCGAGUUCAACAAGCUUGUAAUGCCUUCAGACGCCGAGGCUGCCAAAGCAAGACGCAUGAGAUGGCUGUCACAAAUCUGCGAAUACUGGCCGCUACGUCGUCUUGCAGCCAUCACCGACGAGGAUAUUGAGCAGAUAUUGCAGGCCUACAAGCAGGAAGCACAAAGUACACAGUCGGACGACUCGAAGCCACCGCUCAACGCCGCCCUGAUUGAUUCUCGCCGUCUUCGAGGGCGUAUUAUUCUUGCAGGUUCGGGGCCUGGUCACCCAGACCUUCUCACGACCGCGACUCUCAAAGCCAUUCGCAGCGCUGACCUCAUUCUCGCCGAUAAGCUCGUGCCAGAACGAGUACUCGAUCUCAUUCCGCGUCGAACACCGGUCCAUAUUGCGCGCAAGUUUACUGGGAAUGCCGAUCAAGCACAAGAUGAGCUCCACAGUCUGGGUCUGGAGGGACUCCAACAGGGCAAGACAGUUCUGCGACUCAAACAGGGAGAUCCGUACCUCUACGGGCGAGGAGCAGAAGAGGUGACAUUCUUCCGACAACACGGAUACGAAGCUGUGGUCCUACCGGGCGUCACUUCUGCGUUGAGUGCACCUCUGUUUGCGCAAAUUCCAGUUACUCAUCGUUCCGUCAGCGAUCAGGUCCUGGUCUGCACAGGUACAGGACGGAAAGGAGCAAGUCCCAACCCUCCUUCAUAUCUGAGCAAUCAGACUGUGGUAUUUCUCAUGGGCUUGCACAGAUUGCAGGACUUGGUCACGAGUCUUGUCGAGCAUAAGACCACUCCCUAUCCAGUCACGACUCCGUGCGCAAUCGUCGAAAGGGCGUCAUGCCCCGAUCAGAAAGUUGUUCGGACGACAUUAGAGCACGUUGUCGCUGCAUUUGAAGAAGAGGGCAGCACCCCACCUGGACUCCUUGUUGUUGGCGCAGCUUGCGAAGUACUGAAGAAGAAUCCCCAGAAAUGGGUGGUGGAAGUAGGCUUCCAAGGUUUAGAUGCGCUUGAUGGACUGGGAGAGAAUGGCAACGGCCUCGACGAGUUAAGAGAUGCACUUCUCACACCGGGACUUGAAGAGCCUAUCAAAACUUUAAGCGCGCUACCUGUGACGGUUUGAGAUAAAAGGUCUGACGCAGCGAGGCGAUAGAAACGAACUGCGUACAAGCGUUCUAGAUAUAUAUUCAUGCAAAGCUGCUCUUCCAUCUUGC